UGGUCACGUCAUUCAACUGUCAAGUGUCAAUUCAGUAAGAAAUUGAAAACAAAAGUUAUUCGGAUUCUGAAAUCUCAAUCUGUUUUCAUCUUUAAUUUUACUGUUUUAAAGUAAAGAAAUACAUUUUCAAUUAUGGCUCCGAAAGCUGGUGGUGAUUCUGCUAAAGUUAAUUCAGCUGUGUACAAAGAUAAAAGCAAGCCAACUGACAUAAGGCUUAGCAAUAUAAAUGCCGCUAAAGCUGUAUCUGAUGCCAUCCGCACAAGCUUGGGACCUCGUGGUAUGGAUAAAAUGAUCCAGGCCAGCAAUGGUGAAGUAACAAUUACAAAUGAUGGUGCCACAAUUUUGAAGCAAAUGAGUGUGAUUCACCCAGCUGCAAAAAUGCUGGUGGAACUGUCCCGUGCCCAAGACAUAGAGGCUGGUGAUGGCACAACUUCAGUUGUUGUAAUUGCUGGUGCUUUACUUGAUGCUGCUGAAAAACUUCUGCAGAAAGGAAUUCACCCAACAGUGAUUUCAGAUGGAUUCCAAAAAGCCUUGCAAAUGGCUUUACAGGUUGUGGAAGGUAUGUCUACACCAGUGGAUCUAUCAAACACAAAAGCCCUGUUGAAAGCAGCAGCAACUUCCCUGAACUCUAAAGUAGUAUCACAGCACUCCACAAUCCUUGCUCCUAUUGCUGUGGAAGCUAUCUGUGCAGUAAUGGAACCAAUUGUUGGCGGCGUGGGCGCGCGUGUUGACCUCCGUGACGUGAAAGUUAUUGAGCGUAUUGGAGGCACUGUUGAAGACACAGAGCUUAUCCAGGGACUUGUCAUCCCUCAUCGUGCAUCCAAUGUCAAUGGACCACACAGGAUUGAGAAAGCAAAAGUUGGACUUAUUCAGUUCUGUAUUUCACCUCCAAAAACAGAUAUGGACCACAAUGUCAUUGUGUCAGAUUAUGCUGCUAUGGACCGUGUUUUGAAAGAAGAACGCCAAUAUAUCUUAAACAUUGUCAAGCAAAUCAAAAAAGCUGGUUGUAAUGUACUACUGGUACAAAAAUCUAUUCUGAGAGAUGCACUUAGUGACUUGGCAAUCCACUUUUUGGACAAAAUUAAGACUAUGGUAAUCAAGGACAUUGAACGUGAAGACAUUGAGUUUGUGUGCAAAACUCUUGGAUGCAGACCUAUUGCAUCACUGGAUCAUUUCACGGCGGAAAAUCUUGUUAAUGUUGAUUUAGUCGAAGAGGUUAACGAACCCGCCGGCAAGUACAUCAAGAUGAGCGGCUGCUCGGCGGGCGGGCGCACGGUGUCGGUGCUGGUGCGCGGGUCGAGCGGCGCCGUGGUGGCGGAGGCGGCGCGCUCGCUGCACGACGCGCUGUGCGCCGUGCGCUGCGUGGCGCGCCGCCCCGCGCUGCUGGCGGGCGGGGGCGCGCCCGAGGCCGCCGCCGCCGCCGCGCUGGCCCGCGCCUCGCUCGCCGCGCCCGGCGCCGACCACUACUGCCUCCGAGCCUACGCCGACGCCCUGGAAGUCGUACCUUCCACCCUUGCUGAAAACGCCGGUCUGAACCCCAUCGAGACAGUGACGGAACUGCGCGCAGCCCACGCGCGCGGCGCGGAGAGCGGGUCGGGCUCCAACGCCGGCGUGAACGUGCGGCGCGGCCGCGUCACCGACAUGCGCCAGGAGCACGUGUUGCAGCCGCUGCACGUCACCGCCUCGGCCCUCGGGCUCGCCACAGAAACCGUACGCGCUAUACUCAAGAUUGACGACAUCGUUAAUACAUUAAAUUAAUUUAAUUGUAUUAUUUCAUUUUAUGUUUAAUGUGGCCUUCUCACUGUCGUUUCUCUUUAAUGUUUUGCUUAUUAUAUUUGCACAUAAGAAUGUAAUGCUACAAUGUAUUAAUGGCAAGUCUGCUAAUAUACGGUUAAUUGCUAAAAAUGUUGUUUUCUAGUAAUAUCACUUGAUAUUAUCAAUCACAAAAGUCUUUAUGUUAACUGGGCAACUAUGCAAGAUAAUUGUAAAUGCUUUGUACCACCCGUGGGCAACCGGUUCCCGCGAUGUGUACUAAUAAGUGUUUAACAAAAUAUUGAACAAUAUCAAUAACUUAAACAAAAAAAAAAUAGUUGCAACCACAAAGUUAUCAUGCAUAAUUUCCCUUUUGAGUAAAAUAACAUUAGUAUUAUAUAGUGGAUAUUUAUUCCAAAUAAAAAAACUAAUUAAAUAAAA